AUGGCUCACUGUAAAGAGGUUCUCUCACGAAGUGUCCUGGUGCAAUGUUUCCUUCUGAACAAAUUUCGCGGCAAAAGAUUUACCAAGGUUGACCAACUGAUCCUUUCCUAUGGUGGUCUACGCGGAGCGAUUGCAUUUGGUUUAGCGAUUUCUAUUCCAGAAACAAUACUGGCAAAAAGGAUGUUCAUUACAACUACCUUAGUUGUGAUUUUCUUCACUGUCUUCCUCCAGGUAUUCAAUCUGCUUAUUUUUUACCGCUCUGGUGAAAUUACCACCCGAAUCUUCAAGCAUCUAUUAAUUAUCUGCUCAACUCACACACAAAAAUUCGCAGAAAUUCAACGAAGAAAAACUGCUUUGAAAAAACCUGUACUUUUGCAAUAGCC